CGUUGCUGCGGGGCGCGGGCGCUUGGGCCUCAGAAGCCGAAGAUACCCGCCUCCUAGGGAGGUAGGCGGAGCCAUGGCUGUGGCCGUGGGAGGGUCGGAAGUCUCUCUGCGGUGGGACUCGCGGAGUAAGUGUCUUUCGGCUACCGUCCUCUCCCUCCUAUCCUUCUGCCUUGAGGGAACAAAUGGCAUCUCUCACAGUGGACUACUAUGAGGACUAAUGACUAAAUCUCAUCUUAAUAUGGCAUAUAGAAGAGUAAAUGGGCCUGGACAGUCUCUCACAUCUAUACUCUCCCACAAUAACUGUGGAAUCCAUCAGCCAUGUAGAACUGGGACACAUAAUAUAUGCAUGGUGUCUGAUUUUUUUUAUCCAAAUAUGGGAGGAGUGGAAAGCCACAUUUACCAGCUAUCUCAGUGUCUUAUUGAAAGAGGACACAAAGUUAUAAUUGUCACCCAUGCUUAUGGAAAUAGAAAAGGUAUCCGAUACCUUACCAGUGGCCUCAAAGUAUAUUAUUUACCACUAAAAGUCAUGUACAAUCAGUCUACAGCAACAACCCUCUUUCACAGUCUGCCUCUACUCAGGUACAUAUUUGUUCGGGAGAGAGUCACCAUAAUCCAUUCACAUAGCUCUUUUUCUGCCAUGGCCCAUGAUGCACUCUUCCACGCCAAGACAAUGGGUCUACAGACAGUCUUCACAGACCAUUCUCUUUUUGGAUUUGCUGAUGUCAGCUCGGUGCUUACAAACAAACUUCUAACUGUAUCGCUUUGUGAUACAAAUCAUAUCAUUUGUGUCUCUUACACUAGCAAGGAAAACACUGUUCUAAGAGCAGCACUGAAUCCUGAGAUAGUAUCCGUCAUCCCCAAUGCCGUAGAUCCUACUGACUUCACUCCAGACCCAUUUAGAAGGGAUGAUAAUGUAAUAACUAUUGUUGUUAUCAGCAGGCUUGUUUACAGAAAAGGGAUUGAUUUGCUUAGUGGGAUAAUACCUGAACUCUGUCAGAAAUAUCCAGAUUUAAAUUUCAUAGUUGGAGGAGAAGGGCCAAAGAGAAUCAUUUUGGAAGAAGUACGGGAAAGAUACCAACUACAUGACAGGGUGCGUCUUUUGGGAGCCUUGGAACACCAGGAUGUUAGAGAUGUCUUGGUUCAGGGACACAUCUUUCUAAAUACUUCUCUUACUGAGGCUUUCUGCAUGGCAAUUGUGGAAGCUGCAAGUUGUGGUUUACAGGUUGUAAGUACCAGGGUUGGUGGAAUUCCUGAAGUAUUGCCUGAUAAUCUUAUCAUUUUAUGUGAACCAUCAGUAAAAUCUUUGUGCGAUGGCUUAGAAAGAGCUAUUUCACAGCAGAAGUCAGGAACAUUGCCAGAUCCAGAAAAAAUUCAUAACAAAGUAAAGACAUUCUAUACCUGGAGGAAUGUUGCAGAGAGAACUGAAAAGGUGUACGACAGAGUGUCUAGGGAAGUCGUUUUACCAAUGGACAAGCGACUGAACAGGCUGAUCUCUCACUGUGGCCCAGUGACUGGCUGCACCUUUGCUUUGUUGGCCGUGUUAAACUUCCUCUUCCUCAUUUUCCUGAGGUGGCUAACUCCUGAUUCUAUCAUUGAUAUUGCAGUUGAUGCCACAGGACCAAAUGGGGCCUGGACCCAGCAGUAUUCUUAUAGUAAAAAGGGGGAAGAAAAUAAAGAGAUUUCAGAAUCAAGGUAGAAAGAAGCCUACUUUUCAAGAUUUUAAAUAUUUCAACAAUUCUUCCAAAAUAGUUUAAAAUAACCUUCCUUUUUUAUAUUAGUUUAGAAAUUUAUGCUACCUCCAAUUCACACUAUGUUUGAUUUUGAGUGUCAAGAUCCUGAACUUAUGCAAUUUCCUGGAAUGAAAAACUUUUUGCACUUGCUUAAAAUUCAGAAGGGAAAUUUUUGAGCUACUCAGGUGUAAAACUUUCAAGACUAUGGAAUUCACUGUAGCAGUGGUAUUUUAAGAUUAUACUUUGGGGGCUUAUGGGCACUGAUGGGCCAUGUUCAUUAUUAUCUGGAGUUUCUUUGCCAAUUUUUAUUUUUGUUCUUUUUAAUAUGAAUUUGAAAUUCAUAAAACACUUACAGAAUUUGCUUGAUGUAAGUAUUUAAAAUGCAGUACUUACAGCAUAUGUACUGAAUAUAUUCAGUAAGCAUUAACUCUUUAACCAUUGAGUAAAAUGGGCACUUUGAUUGGUAAAGCAAUAUUUGUUGAGCACAGGUUGUGUGCUGAGCACUGUACUAGAUACUUCCCAUAAGGACCACUGGGAUCAUUUACUAGCAUAGUAGUAAUUUACUAAUGGUACUGAAAAAUAGCAUGCCUCCAAAUGUUUAUCAUGUCCCAGAAUAGCCAUCUUGAUCUCAGUAAAUUGCUAACAAGAUGAAUAAUUUCUUUAUAUUGUUAGGCACUCAUUUAGGCAGUGCCUAUGUCUUUUGUUUGUGUUUUUAUAAAUUUUAUUUAAAGUUGGCCAUGAGUUUCAAAUGAAAUUUGAAAAGCUAGUAUAUGGAUUUUUGUCUUUCUGGAAAUGCUAAAUCAAAAAUGAAGAGUAAGAUGCUACUUUUGCUUUUAAAUGUUUAUUAAAUAUUUAUUUAAUAUUUAAAUGUAAAUAUUAAAUAAAUAUUUUUAGGGACCGAUAUCACUGUUUCACAUAGGGCAGAGGCAUACUCCACUAGCUUUCAUGUAUAACUUAGUCCUUUUUCUACAGAUGACUCAAUUUUAAUGUCUUCUGCAGAAUUUAGAGGUUAUUCCAAAGAUGGUGAUAAUUAUGACCAUCUGCAGUGCUACACAUUUAAUUGUAGUCAUUUAGACUUCUCUUCCUUUAUGAUCUUGUUUACAUUUGAAUAAAUACUUUGAAUGGUAGUAGUUCAAUAGUUUUUUUCCUCUGGAAUUUUUGGUUCUCAACAAAUACAAACCGAAAAUUGUCAGGAGAUAGUCACUGUGUUGAUGGAUGUGGCCCAUUAUAAUAGAAGCCUCAGAGCCAUGGGUUUCUUAACCCCAACCAUCCCUCUAAUCUAUAUUGUUAAUUUAGUGAACAUUCCUUUGAAAACUUGAGAAGUUUGACAUUAAAGAGGUGAUGCACUUGUGUUGACUUUGACUCAGCAUUCUGGCUGUGUACCAGAUAUUUUCAGAACUUUUCUUAAUGAUAGAACUCAAAAGUUCUGAUGGUUUUUGUGUCAGUAUCUUAUGCUGUGAAUAUUUUGACUUCUAGUCCAUUGUAGUAUAAAAGGAAUAUACUGUAUUUUGUUUUUACCAGAAUGGGUUUGAUGAAAAGACUAUUAUGAAAUCUUGAAAUUAGGUGUGUUUUUUUUUCUUUUGUUGAAGAAAAGUAUUGAUCUUGGUUUUAAGAAACUAUCUAAAAGUCUUGACAUUGAAAUUUCCUUUUAUAGAACAUGUUGGAUGGCAUGAAUAUGAAAUGUGUGUCAGUAUAUUGGGGAGAAUUGUUGAGAAAAUGUUGAAUUUUAGUUUAUUGAUCCCACUAAACAACUUAGAAAAAUCUUUCCCCUACCAUUUCCUUUUGAAUCACUCUUUAAAAUUGCUAAGCAUUCAUGCCUUAAAUUAAUGUAGAGAAAACUUAAAUUCACAGUUUCUUAACAUGCUAAACAUUGGAAAUUAAAAUAAUUUUUCUUGGGUUUCUUCUUUUAAAGACUUAUGAAAGAAAUGAAACUUUUCUUCUCUUUUUAAUUUGCAUUUCUUGAGCUUCCCAAAUAGACUUUUUUAACCUUGUUAAGAUUGCACUGAUCAGUACCUAGAAACAAUAUUAUAUUGCUCCUCUACUUAUUUUGGCAGUGUAAAAAAAAUAGUUGUCUUGUAUAUUGGAGAAGUUAAUCUAAAAUUUGCUCAAUGAAAAAAAUAUACUAUAUUUAAAAGUUUUUUAACCAAAAGCAACUCCUUGUUUUGCCAAAAACUAAGUAGUUCAAAAUGAGAAAUCUCUUUUCUAAUAUUGUUAGAUGUUCAUUUGUUAGUUAGGAAAGCUCCUUAAAUGAGUUAUGCAACACAUUUCUUCUAGUCAUGUUGAGUAGCAGGUUCUAACUUGUAUCUGCAUUCCCUGCCUCAAACAAGUGCUAAUGUUCUUUUACAACAGAAAUUUAUUCCAUGGGAUGGAAAAUAUUUUCUUGGGUUUUUUAAGUACAUUAUUGCUCUAUCAUGUGAGAUAUUUUAAGAGGAAUUUGUAUUUAAGCUUAGUUCACAUAAGUUGAGCUUUUUUAUACUUUUUUUUUCCUGAAGAAGAUGCUAUAGGUAGGACUGAGUGAGAACCUGACUUAUUACAAAUGAAUUAGAUUUAGAUUUGUAAAAUUUUUCUAAUUAUAGAAAGGAUGCUUUGGAGCAAAAAUUAAAAUAAAAAAAUAACAGAGCCAGUUUAGGCAUUAAAACACCAUACUGUACAUAAUUAUGCACGCUUAUUUUCCACCAAAAUAUUUGUUUGCCAUUGUACAGAUUUGUGCUUACUUUUACAAAGUAUUUUUAAAAGCCUCCACAGUAUUCAUUUAUUUCUCUAUCCGUUCUCAAGAAAAUUUAGAUGGACUAACAUUAAACUAUAUUGUGUCUAGGUUUUCCAAUGAAAUUAUGAAAAUUAAAGUUUUUAUAAAGAA